GGCUACCACUAGGCCACGACCAACGCGCACCCACCCCACCCGCUCCGCUCACAUCGCUCAUCUGAUUGCCGCCACCGCUACGUCUCGCUCACUCCUUGCCAUCCUCGGCUACUUGCCUACCUCCUAGCUACGGCCGGCCAGCUCGAUCCGUUUCCUCUUUUCGAGAGCCAGCUGAGUCCUGACUGACUAGCUCCUGAGAGAGAGAGAGAGAGAGAGAGAGAGAGAGAGAGUUGCUCACCCCGCGCGCCCACGGGUCGUUUUAAGCCGCGACGGACCGGAACCGGACACGGCAUGCGCUCUGCUCCCACCGCAGCAAACCAUGGCUCCAUUUUCUUCACCCUCGCUCCUCCCCUCCUCCGGUGCCAACAAGCGCCCCGCCCUCGCCGCCGACGCCUCGGACCCCGCUGAAGAUCAACUUCCGCUCCCGCAGGACGACGGCGUCGCGGCGGGCAACAACAACAAGAGGGAGCAGCUGGAGUGCCCGCGCUGCAGGUCCCGCAACACCAAGUUCUGCUACUACAACAACUACAGCACCAACCAGCCGCGCCACUUCUGCCGCGUCUGCCGCCGCUACUGGACGCACGGCGGCACGCUGCGCAACGUCCCCGUCGGAGGCGCCUGCCGCCGCGCCGGCAACGGCAACGGCAGCAACAAGCGCCGCAGGUCCGACGAGCCUGCGCCCUCGCCCUCGCCAUCGCCCUCUUCGCCGCCGGCGUACCGGGCGGCGGACGCGCCCCCGGGCUUCCCGUUCCUCACCGACGGCGCGUUCCUGCCGCACUUCGACUUCGGGCUCGGCAGCGCCGCUGCAGCUCCAGCGGGUUCUCCGUGGAUGCCGGCUUCCUCGUCGGCCCCGGGCCUCGACGACGGGCUCACGGCGCCGUGGGGCGGUGCUGCUGACGGGACGCUCCCGGGCAGCGGCGUGUGGGACGACUUCACCACCGGCCUCGACCUCACCUGGCCGCCUCCCCCGCCACCGCCGCCAGCAGCCGGCAACUGAUCGAUGCCAUCGUCAUGUCAGCCGCUGCGUUUCAGGCUCCUGUUUUAGCAUCGCAGCCUCCAUCGGUACUCGGUAGUAGUUGUGUUCGUCUCAGCCUUGCACGAGAGCUGCUCCACCUUAUGAUAGACCCCACUCUCCGUUUGAUCUUCUGAUGCUUACACAAAUGAUUUGGUGAUUGUUAUUUGAAUCCAAUGAACCAUGAUCUAUCCGUUGCUGCAGCAAGGAUGUAACUUGCUCUCUGUAAUGACUCCAUAUAUUUGCAAUAAAAAGUUCAGUUUCUUCCAGUUCACAA